ACAUGUUGGUGUGUAACCGGAAACCUUCAAUGAUUCAGAGUUCUUAGUUGGGACUGAGCAUUUCAAAUGGGUUUGAGUUAGUUUUGUCUCACUGUUGUGAUUGUGUAUGUAUGUAAAUUAGCUGUAUGGAAUAGAUUUGAGAGAGACUCAGUAGAAUAUAAUAUGACUGUCCAUCACGAGUCGGAGCCGAAACUGUACCGCUACAGCAGGAUAUUGUGCGGCGUCUCCACUCAUGUACUGUGCGCUGUGUUCACCGGCUUCAUGACGGUACUGGCCAAACCUGGAUCCAGUCUGUUCUCAUGGCAUCCGUUCCUGAUGACUCUUGGUUUUUCCUUUCUCAUGACUGAAGCCGUCCUGCUGUUCAACCCGUACUCGUCUCCCGUCAGGAAGCUGAAGCACAAAACUAAAGGCCGCCUGCACUGGAUCCUGCAGUGUCUGUGCGUCUGCUGCGCGGCCGCGGGUCUGUGCGCCAUCGUUUACAACAAAAACCUCAACGACAAGCCACACUUCACGUCGUGGCAUGGCUUGAUCGGUGUGAUAACGGUGGCUGUCGUCGGGCUGCAGUCGCUCGGAGGACUUCCGCUCCUCUAUCCCAAACUGGCCAAAGGCUGGUCGCUGGCCAAACUGAAGCGCUACCACGCCACCUCAGGGUUACUCACGUACCUGCUGGGCAGCUUCAGCUUGUUCCUCGGACUGUGUUCGUCGUGGUUCAGCACCAGCGUGAGCGGGUACGUGUGGUACCUGGCCGUCCUCUGCCCGGUUCUGUGCGCUCUGGUCGUUAUGAGUCAGGUGACGAACACUUACAUGGCCCGGAAACGAGUGCAGUACUGAAACAAACAUUCAAGCUUUCUAAACAGGUUCAUCUGAAAUGAUGCACAGACAUUGUGAACCAGAAUUUCAUGUUACCGGCUAACGUUGACAGCUAAUGAAAAUAUUGUAAAGUGUGGCUCAGCUGCAUGACGGAGAUAAUGAUACUGAUUGCUUUCCAACUACUUGUAAUUUUUAUUAUUGCUAUAUAGAUUGACCAAAACAAAUGUAUUUUUGUAUAACAGUUUUAUAUUCUUGAAUACCUUUCAGCUGUAUUGAUGGCAUAUUUUUUUUGUGCAAAUAUUUUUUGAAAUGACUGAAGGCAACUGAUUUUUCUUAAUCGCAAGGAUAAAAUAGGCCUAAGUGGUUUAUUCAAUUAUUUGUUAUUCUUUUGAUGCUUGUGAACAAAAUGUUUUUGCAUUUACUAGUGCCAGUCUGCCCUUUCUGUUCAUGCAGAUCAUGAAGGAAAACAUUCAUGCCUUUGUACUGUAAAUGAAAACAUAUAUUUGUGAUUAAUAUUAUAUAUAAAUGAUUAAAAUAUAUUAAUAUAUUACAUUAAAAGCAACAUUUUUUUUCUUAAUGGCAGGAAUCAUGUAUAUUUUUUUGUUUAUUAAAAUGUACAAAAUCAUUUGUUCAAAUAAAUUUCAGAUCAUGUAUGGAAACUUACAUUUACAUUAUUAGUAUCAUACAUAAAUUAAAUAUGAAUUUUGUACAUGUUUCUUAAUGGCAAAUAUCAGUUUUUGUGUGUCAAUGUACAAAUUAUUUUCCUGUGCUAAAACAUUUUUGCAGAUCACAUUUAAAGACAUUUAUAAUGCCUAUUUUUUCUUUAAAUGAAACCAUUAAAUAUGAAAAAUGAUAAAAAUGAAUGUCUUAAUUUCUAUUAAUUAUAUAUAAAUAUAUAUAUUUGUGUAUAUAUACAAGUAUAUGUAUAUAUAUAUAUAUAUAUAUUUAUUAGGGGUGUAACAGUAUAUCACAAUACAACAUGUAUUGUGUAGUUCACCCAAACUGAAACUUACUGUGAGAGAAAAAAUUCAAGUUUACAGAGUUUCAGUGUCAGUACUACAUUAAACUACUAAAUAACGUUGAAUAUAAAGUAUAAUAAUGCAAUGGGGGAAUAUUUGUUGAUCCUGAUAAUGCCAAAUGUCUUAUGUUACCAGUAAAAAGUGGCCUACAUUAUCUUAAAUAUAUCUAGUUAGUGACAAAGUGCAAACAUAUUCAUCUAAAAUAAUUCUGUAUUUUCAGCUUCAGAAUCAUGAAUAUUUUUAUUCUGGUGUCACCAUUGUCCUGUGUAUUGGGUUACCAGCACCAAGUCCAAGCCUAUUCAUUUCCACCCCCAAUGUAAUACCAAAUGUAGCAUUUUAAUCAAAAGUACAUUUUUUGUUAACCUUUUACCAUUUGUAAAUAAUAUCGUAUUGUGAGUUCAGUAUCGUGAUAUGUAUCGAAUCGUGACAUGAGGGUAUCGUUACACCCCUAAUAUACACACACACACACACAUAUACAUACAUGCUUAAAUACAUACUUUUUUUUUUUUUUUUUCAUGAGCCUGAAGCUGAAAUUGCCAGAGGCUGCGAGAACCAUUAUUCUGAAUGCAGGAGGAGUCAAGUUUAUUUAUGUUAAAACAAUGUUUAAUAAAUACAAUGUCAUUUGAAUCUACUCCUCCCCAUGCUGGGAACAUGAGAUGACAUGUGGACACCUCCCGGGACAGCGUCUGUAUGGGAUCACAUGUGUUUGUGGGUCCCGACUGCAGAAUCGCUCACAGAUCGUGGUCUUAAACUCGCUUAUGGGGGGGGGGGGGGGGACCCUGCAUCUCUCUGAUAGAGGGAUUUUUUUGUCCUUAAAAAAAGGUUGAAAAUGUAUAAAAAAUAAAAAAAAAGAAUGAAAAUGAAUUACUCUUUAGCAUUAUAAAUAAAUAUUUCAGGUAAUUUUUUACAUAGUUGAAAGAAAAAACAAAAUACAUAUGAUGUUACAAAACAAAGUUUCAAAUAACAACAAAAAAAGAUAUCACAUGUCAAAUGCACAUCAUUGUGUAUAUAUAACAGCGUCUGCAGACCAAAGAUCAUGACAUGAGUAUCUGCCAAUUAGAAAGCAGACUGUGGGAGGAGUCAAAAUAAAGAGCUCUAAUAGGCACAGAGAAUGAACAGUGUUAUUGGCUGAGGGAUUUUUCAGUCACAGGUCAACCAGCGCGCGUACAAUUCAACAUUAACACAAACACAUUGAGAUUUUUCAAAACGGCCGAAAGAACACUUUGGUCAUGACUGUGGCCCCAACACGGAUGAAACUGAAUGACUGCGCAGAUGAUGCGAAGCGCAAAUUUAGAAAAUGACGGCUAGUAGGGUCGCUUAACAGUCUACACAUUCGUAAAAUGAUCCCCAUGGAUAACGACGAAUGAUUUCGUUUGCUACGCAAUUGAACGAGAACACAGAUCCAUUUGUCUGCUUUAAGGCUAAUAUCAAACUAAAAGCACUAAACUUACGUCCCCUCCACCAAAUUUUAAAGGCUAACAUGAAAAUACAUUCGAGUUUAAGGUUUUCCUUGUCGUUUUUUUUUUUUCUCAAA